AUGAUAAAUUUUAUGACCUUGUUCCUAGGAUUGUUUUGGCUACAAGAAACAGUGCAGGCGCAGGAUUUCCAGCCUCCUGUUCAAGAAAACGCUUUCAGUGAACUUUUAAGACUCGAAGAGAAUUUACUGCCGGAAUUGGAUGCAUUCGUUGCAAAAAAAGAAGAUUACUUGAAAGAGCUCGACAAGAUAAUACAUCAGACGGAAAUUUUAACGAAACCUUCGAGUAAGAGCGUGCAAAGCUUCCUGGGAACUCCACUGAAUCAGUACUUCCUUAUUAAGCGAUUUAUUGACAAUUGGGGAACUCUCGACGAUUAUCUUCAAUCCGAUACUUCAACACAUGGUAAGUUUGCGUCUACAUGUAUUUGUGUUUCGAAUUGGUCAAGGAAACGCUUCAAAGCUUGAGGUAACAGGCCAAAUAAUGACUACAGAGUAGACGCCUUUUUUUAUGAACGCAUGUCGUAAAUAAGGCGAUUGUAAUCCGGUGCAACUCAUACGGCUUUCUCACGCACAUACGCAGUUACUAUUGUAGAAGUGAAUCUAACCCUGUCUCGAGGCGUCUCUAUUUGAGACAAGUGUGAAUAACGGCGUAACAUUGCGUAUAACUAUGCGUUCGGCUAUUAAUUUCGCGCCGAUAAAAUUCAAACGGCUGAUCGUGGAUUAUAGCGAUUGUUCGGUGAGUCAAAUCCCGUGAAAUGCCAAUUUUAAGCGAUGCUUCUCAUCAAUAACCUUUAAUGGAUGAAAUUUGUCUCUGUUUCAGAUUUACUCUCUCAAAUAAAGCUAAAAAAGGACGCUAUUCCCGCUAAAGCCAAACUCAACGAAAGAUUGCGGGUCCUAGAGGAUACACAUAACAUUGAUCCCGAGGGAUAUCGGGUCUCUUUGUGAUACAUGCUCAUAAAAAUAGAAUUCUGUCUUUUGUUGUGAGCAAAACUGACUACACACAUUCAUAGGGCAAUUAAGUAUUACUGACUGAGCUGAUAACGUAAAUUGGUCACCGUAAAGAGUUUAAAGGCUGACGUUUCGAGCGUUAGCCCUUCGUCGCUCUGACGAAGGGCUAACGCUCGAAAAGUUGGCUUUUACACUCUUAACGGUGGCCAAAUCACGUUAUCAACUCAGUUGAUAAUAAUAAAUUACCCUGUUAUACUCUCCCACUGACGCACCACCACAGUUUCCCUAGAAACUUACCCCCUUUACACACAUUGAUAAUAUGACUUUUAGCGAUUCAUUUUUUGUUUGUUUGUAACGUGAUAUUGGCACUGAUCUGUGGCUAAUACAGAGGGAAUUCAUAAUUGUGACAAACAUAUAUAUAUUUUAAACAGCUUGAAAGCCUUCCGAUCCUUCAGCUUUCUCCCCUUAAGAUCUGUUUCGCUCUUCUCCCUUCUAACUGUUAUCUAUUUCUAUGUUAAUCAGUCAAGUAAUUUGGUGUUUAAUCGACUUGGCAUUAUCAAGCUCUUUCGUUUAUUUGUUCUUAUUGACCGUUUGUGGAAUAUGACAGAAAACGACACACCACUGUUUGAUUUUGUGCAAGGUUUUCUUCAAAAAAAGGCGUAAAAAUUUGAAAUUGAAGGACAUUAGCCUGUAAUCUGAUUUCAGUAGAUUCUCUCGCAAUAAAAAAGUACACAUGUAG